UACUUAAUACAUUUAAACAUACCGAAUAUCUGUGGUGUGACAGUGGAUAUAACCUUCAUCAUGGUAAGCAUGGUUUCAUUAUUACAGACAGACUGGGUUUUAACAAUAGCGUGAGGAAGUUGGAAAAUAUUGAAACGUGGGGCAAAGCUUUGUAAACCCUCAUGUGACUUUCUUCCUCAACGUUUCUGCAGGAUGAUGUAUGAAAAAAUACUUUAUCUGGUUACUGGCAAAGUAUCUAAACUAUCUCAGCAGUACAACCGGUUAGACUGCUAUAUUACCAUCAAUGGCUUUUUGCAAAUGAGGUGUAGGCAACCUUUGCUGUUAAUCUUUGACCAAACAGCGAUUAAGGUUUAGACUUUGUUCGGUUUGGACUAGUGUGGGAAUUUCCAACGAUGGCCACCUGCGGCUCACACAUGAAGCGCUCUGCUGUCGUAAUCCUGAUGCUCAACUGCUUCUGCGUCUUCUCACAAAUUGCACAUGAAAUUACCUAUGUCGUGGGCUGCUUUGACAAUGGCACAACGGAGGUACAGUAUGAAUUUGAUGCUGAGGAGCUUUUGUAUGUGGAUUUUGAAAGACAUACGGUUGUGUACACUGUGCCCGCGGAUCUUUUGAUUAACCCAAGCCAAGUAUUUGAGAAUUUGAACGUAUAUAAUAAUGCAAUGAAAGCCAAGAGGGCAUGUCCAGCACUUCUGUCAUUCUGGAAAAUAGAGGAGGAACAUCUACAAGAAGAUGAAGACCCUCCUGAGAGCAUCCUCUACGCAGCAGACGAAGUUGAGCUGGGAGUUGAAAAUAGCCUGAUCUGCUUUGUGAAUUAUUUUUAUCCACCUUCCAUCAAUGUCAGCUGGACCAAAAAUGGCCAUCCGGUGUCCGAGGGGGUGUCGCUCAGUCGGUAUUUUCCCAAUAAAGAUCAAACCUUCCACCAGUUCUCAACUCUGACCUUCACCCCGAGUGAGGGGGACAUUUACAGCUGCACUGUGGAGCACUCAGCACUGGAGACACCCAAAACAAGAAUCUGGGAAACAGAAAUAAUGAGAAGUCAUCAGAGUCUUGGAUCAGAUGUUUUCUGUGCAGUGGGGCUGACUCUGGGCCUGCUGGGAGUUGCAACUGGAACAUUUUUAAUUGUCAAAGGACUUGAGAAAAAUUAAUAUCUUUGUCUAGGAAAGAUUAUACACAAAACUCUGGGUCAGUCUAAAUGUUGAAAGUAAACACACGUUUGUAAAGAAUAUAGACAGUGAGGACUGCCCUACAGCUUUUGGUUUUAUAUUCAGGAACAGUAUGCAAUAACAUCGCCUCUUUACUGUGAGAAGUGUUUUAGAGUGAAUACAAAAGGUCAUUUUACUUUGUGUAUUCCUGUUAUUUAAAUUCCUUUACUCCUGCUUACCGUCCAGGCUGUUGCAGCGCUUUCAGGUAACAUGCAUUCGAUUAUCUGGAGUAGCAGCCGUGUAGUGUAGCAGUUUAUGCAUUCGCUUAACAAGCAAAAGAUCUCCAGUUUGAUCCCGGCAGGUGGCACAGAUCCCAGGGGGUGUCUCCGGACGGGCAUCUGGUAUACAUAUGUGCCAAGUUAAAUAUGUGGAGCUACCUGCUGUGGUGACUCUUUAAGACAAGGGAGCAGUGAAAAGUAGAAAUUAUUAUUAUUAAAAAUUAUUAGGAACACUGAGGUCUAAACUGUGAACUGUAUAAUACAUGACUUUUACAUAAAAGGGGCUAAAAUAGGAUAAAAUCACAAAGCUUCUAAGAAGCAGUGGUGAAAUUAAGUACUGAAGACUGGGUUUAAAUUUUGUUUUUUUUGUAUCCUGUAUAAUGACAAUAAAGGCAUUCUAUUCUAUUCUAUAAUCAUUUGCCAUAAUUGGGCAAUAAAGCUAAUUUUUAUUCCUUAUUUUUUUCAAAUAUUUGUUUCUGAUACUUGUCUGUGACUAUUGUUAAACCAAAUAAACAC